CACCGAUACGCCUGGUGAAAAGAUUAGCUUCGCAAAGCUAGGGUUCGGUCGAAGCAAAAAAAAAGCUAGGGUUCGGUCCCCUUGGAAAACGUUCGGCGCAGAACCAAAGAAGCCUUCCAAGAAUUGUUUACGCUUCCAGAAAUAGAGGAAGAGAAGAGGCGAUCGGCACAAUGGGUUUAAAGUUUGAGUCGCAGAAGAGGAGGAAGAAGAAGCGGGAGAUGAGGCCGCUGGGGGAUGCUUACGCCGUGGAGAUGGCGGUGCCCAAAGAACUCGACGUCGACAAAGACGCUCCCGCCGUCGAGCUCCGCAUCCGGAUCCCCGAUGUCGGAGGAGCAUUCAAGAGCUUCUUUAGGACUAGAGAAGUCGGAGAGUUUGUCAGUGGGGCAUUAGCUGGUGCCAUGACUAAAGCUGUUCUUGCUCCUCUAGAGACUAUACGAACUAGAAUGGUUGUUGGAGUUGGAUCCAGACACAUUCCUGCCAGUUUCAUAGAGAUCAUUGAAGAGCGUGGAUGGCAAGGACUUUGGGCUGGAAACACCAUCAAUAUGCUCCGUAUAAUUCCCACCCAGGCAAUUGAGCUUGCCACAUUUGAGUGUGUCAAAAGGACCUUAACAUCAGCACAAGAGAAGUGGAAAGAAGGAAGUCCGAAGGUGCAUAUUGGUUAUAUCAAUUUAGACCUCUCCUUUCCAUGGAUUUUCCCAGCUGCUUUUGGUGGUGCAGCUGCUGGCAUCGUAAGCACGCUCAUAUGCCAUCCUCUCGAAGUUAUUAAGGAUCGUUUGACUGUGAAUCGAGAGGUCUACCCCAGCAUUAGCCUUGCUUUCAGCAAGAUCUACAAGGAUGAUGGGAUUGGUGGUUUCUAUGCUGGCCUUUCGCCAACACUAAUUGGCAUGCUUCCAUACAGCACGUGCUACUAUUUGAUGUAUGAGUCAAUGAAGAAAUCUUACUGCCAGGCACAGAAGAAGAAUUCUCUGAACCGUUCAGAGCUGCUGAUUAUUGGGGCUCUCUCAGGUUUUACCGCAAGCACAAUCAGUUUCCCACUCGAAGUGGCAAGGAAGCGGCUGAUGGUUGGAGCCCUGCAAGGAAGGUGCCCGGCUCAUAUGGCAGCAGCCUUGUCGGAGGUCAUUCGCGAGGAGGGUCUGUUGGGUCUCUACAGAGGGUGGGGUGCUAGCUGUCUGAAGGUCAUGCCUUCUUCGGGCAUUACAUGGAUGUUCUAUGAAGCAUGGAAGGAUAUUCUGCUAGUGGACAGACCUCGGUUGUAACGGCUCCUGGUACUCGACUCCAUCUGCAUGACCCUGUAUUGGAGGAUGCUAAUUUUUUCUAAUUCCAUGCAUACAUAGAUUUACAUUGGAGAGGGAGGCUGGUGAUCUUCCUAACGAGAUGGAAAAUGUUUGCGACGAGAAGGAUCGACUAGUGCUGGUGGGAACUCUGUAUCACAACUGAUUAGUCUGAUGGUGCAAAGAACUGAGAGAAGUGUAAAAAAAGUUAUUGGAAAAUGAUAGUCAUUAAGUUUAUCGAUGUCAGUGAUAUAUAGUUUACACUAGCGAGCGAAAUCAUGCUUGCGCCCUCAAAAGAAUUUGCAGCGGUAGGACAUGAAACUCAUUCUCAGUAACCUAUAUUUUUAUUUGGCUGUAAAGCAGUGCUUGAUGAGAAUUCAUGAAAAUAAAUCUGGCAUUACGUGUGGGAGUAUUUUUCUCAUGCAAAAAA